AUGUCAGGAACCCUGCGCAAAAGCGUAACUCCGAUUAAGGCGAAACUUUUAAGAUUAGCUAAAAAAAACAUGGCAAUGAGAUGGGUCUGGGCAUAUUCCGAUUAUGCUGGUUUUGAUCCGUUGGUUAUUGCAAACACCGUCUUUAACUCAAGAGAUCGAUUCAAAGGAAUUAUGGAGGACUUUAUGCUUACGUUGAUAAUCCUUAUGGAAAGGGGCAACAACACUGCUAAAAUUAUUAAUCGAUCGUCUUCAGAAUUGGCUGAUGUUGUGCGCAGCUCGAGGGAUGCCUACAAUAUAAAGGAUUCGACAACAAAAGGGACAAAUAGGCGUUGA